GCUGUAUUCCGACCCACAGCAGAUCAUAGCUGACCACAUAUACAGUACCCUGCGAUUGGAGUCACCUCUGUAUACCUCUGCAAGCAGCAUACAGCCUCCCGCUCUAGUAGAGCCACAAAGAACGUCUAUCUGCCACACUUUCACACCUUCCCCCCACUUACACAAUGUCACGGCCGAUGAACGACGAUGAGGUCCUCAAUGAGAUGAAGAAGAUGGUCGCUUUCAUCAAGCAAGAGGCAAUGGAGAAGGCUAGAGAGAUUCAGGUCAAGGCAGACGAGGAGUUUGCUAUUGAGAAGUCCAAGAUUGUUCGUCAGGAGGCUGUCAGCAUUGACUCUGCGCACGAGAAGAAGAUCAAGCAGGCUCAGGUCGCCAACAAGAUUUCCGAGUCGAACGCAACAAACAAGGCUCGUCUGUCGGUACUACAAGCAAGAGACUCUCACCUGGAGGACCUCUUCGAGGGUGCUCGAGAGAAGCUCGUUGGACUUAGCAAAGACGAGAAGAAGUACUCUACUCUCCUCAAGGAUCUGAUCACUCAGGGUCUCCUUCGUCUCAUGGAGAAGAAGGUGACAGUCACUUGCCGUGACAAGGACGAGAAGUUGGUCAAGAAGGCCGCGGAUGAGGCAAAGAAGCAGUACAAGGAGAAGAGUGGAAGGGAUGUAGAGAUCGAGGUGGUAAAGGGAUUGAACAAGGACAGCAAUGGAGGUGUGCUGCUGGCUGGACAUGGUGGAAGGAUCAAGGUCGACAACACCUUGGACGAGAGGAUGAAGCUGCUCGAGGAGCUGAUGCUCCCCGAGAUCCGGCUAGACCUGUUCGGUGCCAACCCCAACAGGAAGUUCUCGAGCUAAAUGCAGAUCCCACCUCUUUUGACACUCGCCUCCCUACCUCCAGAGUCGCUCAUACCGCGCUCUGAGACUUUAGGGCAGUGGUGCGACAAGUGACCUUCAUUGUUGCACUACCUUUUGCUAUAUCACUCAAUGGAUAUUCGUGACCGACGACAAGGAAGGGAAGAGCUCUUGCUCUUGCUCUUGACGCGAGCGAAGCAGUAGUAGCUACAUGGGAUCUGACGAGUCUCUCCUUUUGACGCUUUCUCUCAAAGCGGGUAUAUUGAUGGUCUUGGGUGACAGUCAGUCUAGUCUAGAUCUUUCUCAGCUUGUUUUGCC